AUGCAACGGGUUUCGCAGCAGUACCGAUCACUGCUUGGAAAGAUCGCUCCUAAGGAUUCCACCGUGCCAUUUCAUUCGACAGUCCAUGGAAAGCUUGUUCCUGGAAGCACACUUGAUGCCUCAUAUUGGGUCGAAAAUCUAGUAUCGCGAGUCGAAUUCGUCAAGGGUGUCCAAAGCGUCCUUGACAAUGACCGGAACGGCGAGCCGAUUGAUACCCUAAUUGAGGUUGGCCCUCACCCUGCGUUGCAAACACCAACAAAAGAUAUUGUUCGACUGCAUGCUCCGAAACGCCCCAUGGCUUUUGCACAUACCUUGAAGAGGAAGGUCGAUGGGGUCGAAGCGGUUCAGCAGCUGGUCUGCUCCCUCUUCACGCAGGGGAUGACCCUCGAUUUCGAAGCGAUUAAUUUCCCAAAUCUGAGUCGAACGUCCAGGAAGCCGGCUGUUUUGAAGGACCUCCCAAAGUCUGAGGCGCCCGGGAAAGCGAUUCUCGGCUGGCACGAGUUUAAGGUGUUUUCCUGGGCUGAAGGCCGUGGAUGGGAUCAACAUUGCAGCGGCUUCGUCAUGGUGCACGAAGCGAAGGAUGUGAACCCGGUAGAUGGCGACCGACGAAAGGCAGCGCUUGAAUCUGACUUGAAACAACUUGCAAGCGACAUUUGUGCUUCCUGCACAGUGCCCGUCGACAGUAAGGUUCUCUACGAGAAUAUUUCUGCUGGCGGGGUUCAAUAUGGUCCGUUGUUUCAAGGCCUUUCGGAUAUCUCUGUCGGUGUGAAAGAUAAAGCAAUGGCGACUCUCGAGGUCCCCGACACCAAAGCGAGCAUGCCUUAUGAGCACGAAACCGACUGCAUCAUCCACCCGGCAACGUUCGACCUGUGUUGUCAAAUGAUGUGGGUGCUGCAAGGAUUCGGUCAACCUGGACCAAAGCAAACAUAUGUUCCAUCUCAUGUUGAUGAAGUCUCGAUUUGUCUGCAUCACAAGAUCAAGAAGGGCGACAAAAUGCAACUAUUUGGACACCAUAAGCUGGAUGAAUCGGCCAGUGCAACCGCAGAUAACCGGAUAAUUGCCACUAUUCCCGACAACUGUGCUGAAGUUAUUCUUAGCAUCGGUGGCAUGACUUUGACACCCAUCUCCAACGACAUCAAGGGACACAAAGACACUGUACCAUACCCUAUGUGUUACAAGAUGCACUGGGAGCCCUGCUUUGAGUUUCUUUCCGCAGACCAAUACCGAGAGCUACCGCGGCCCCUGGUUGACGAUGGCAAAGGAGGAGAGAGGACACACAACCUGGAGAAUAUGGCAUUGCACUGGUUGCAGGAGAUGCUCCAAACUAUUCCAGAAAAUGAGGUCUCGUCUUUUGAGAGUCACCAUCAAAAGUUCUAUCGAUGGGCCCAGGAGACUUGCAGGGAUGCCCCCAGGCAGAAUGCAACCCCUGAAGCCAUUGAGCAUAUGAGGAACGUGAAUGGCGCUAGUAAGCUGAAUUGCUUCGUGGGCGAGCGUCUACCUGACAUUCUUCGGGGAAAAGUAGAUGCCUUAACGUUGCUCCUUGAGGAUGAUAUGCUUGGAAAAUACUACGAGGAUCUGGACGGUCUCCGGGAAUCUUAUGCCAAUGCAUCCAUCUGCAUCGACAAGAUGGCUCACCAAAACCCCAAUUGUAACAUCCUUGAGAUCGGUGCAGGUACUGGUGGCGCUACGCUUCCCAUCCUGCAAAGCCUCGGCGGCAACAAAGCUGGCUCAAUUCCACGAUUUGGACACUAUACUUACACCGAUAUCUCGCCUGGCUUCUUCGAAAAGGCAAAGAGCAAAUUUGAAGAUUGGGGCCGCCUCAUGAGCUACCAAACUUUGGAUAUCUCUUUGAAUCCUGUCGACCAGGGCUUCAAGCUCGGGUCUUUUGAUAUGAUUGUUGCUUGCAAUGUGCUUCACGCCACUCCUCAAAUUGGCCAGACAAUGGCCAAUAUUCGGUCCCUUUUGAAGCCCGGCGGCAAGAUCAUGCUCAUUGAAGAGACCACUUCCAAAGCCAUUCACUUCCCAUUCGCUCUUUUGCCUGGAUGGUGGUUAGCUAGUGAGGAAAUUCGCCAAGAUGGGCCACUCCUGACUGCCGAAGGAUGGUCGAAUGUUAUGAAAGAGAAUGACUUCUCCGGAGUCGACCUAUGCGUGGAGGAUUAUCCUGGCGCAUCCUACCACUCCGGCUGCGUGAUCAUGGGCACAGCAAACGCUCCGCAAAGUAGCUUGUCACUCCUAAGCCUUGAGUCUAAGCUCAAGGAUAUCACUGGGGUUUCUCCAGUCAUAGCGCCAGACCUUGAGCAUGUUGAUAUCACUGAUAAGUGGUGCAUUUUCUUGGGCGGAAUGGACAAGACAAUCCUGUCUCAUCUUACAGACGAGAAGUUCAAAGCCUUCCAAAAUCUGGUGAGAGGUGCAAGAGGCCUACUGUGGGUGGUUCGCCACACCAAGUCUGACGAGAAGUCUCUCGGAUCGAACAUGGCAAUCGGGCUGGCCCGUACAGUUCGUUCAGAGACCGGGCUGCAAUUUGCAACCUUGGAUCUUGGCGAGAGAGAAACCGUCCCGGAUUCCGAAGCUGUCGAACAUAUGAUCAAUGUCUUUGGAGGUGUCUUCUGCCAUAAAUCCCAGCUUAUGCAAGGUGACAUGGAGUUCGUUGUCCGCAACGGUCUCGUGGGCGUACCACGCCUCUUGGAUAAUCCAGAGCUGAACUUGAGCGUUCAGCUGGAGACGCCAGACGCGCCUCCCCAACUCCAAAGCUUCAAGCAGAAAGAUCGCCCUCUCCGUCUCACCGCUGGGCCGGGUCUCGUUCUCGACGAGCUCUAUUUCACGGAUGAUGCCUCCCGCAAUGAUCCUCUACCGGAGGACCAUAUUGAGAUCAAGGUAUGCUGCACUGGUCUAAAUUUCCGAGACGUCCUGAUGGCCAUGGGCCAGCUCCGGGGCAAUAAGCUUGGGCAGGAAUGUGCGGGCGUUGUUAGCAAAGUCGGUGCUGCCGUCAGUGACUUUUCAGUCGGAGACCGAGUGACUGCGAUGUCGCCUGGAUGUUUAUCCACAUACACUCGAUGCCAUUCGUCUUGUGCUUGGGUCAUCCCAUACGACAUGCCAUUCCAUGUCGCAGCCUCGAUUCCCGCCGUAUUCUGUACUGCAUAUUACUCCCUUGUAGAAUUGGGCAACUUGAAACGAGACGAAAGUGUUCUGAUCCACGCCGCGGCAGGUGGUGUCGGCCAAGCAGCCAUCAUCGUUUCACAGAGCAUAGGUGCGCAUAUCUUCGCCACGGUCGGAAGCCUAGAGAAGAAGAGAUUUUUGAUGGAGAACUAUGGUCUCAAAGACGAGCAAAUAUUCUUCAGCCGUGAUACUUCUUUCGCAAAGGGCGUUCGCAGCGCCACUGGCGGGGAGGGCGUUGAUGUCGCUCUGAAUUCGCUUAGCGGGGAUGCUUUACAAGCGACCUUUGAGUGUGUGGCUCCCUUCGGUCGCUUCAUUGAGUUGGGAAAGCGUGAUAUCACUCAGAAUUCACGAUUGGAGAUGGCGCACUUCAACAAUAACGUUUCCUUUGCGUCUGUUGACCUGGGCAUUGUGCGGGAGAAGCGUCCGAAGUUGACGAGAAGGUUGAUGCGCGAGGCGUUCCACAUCUUUGUCAACGCGAAAGCUCAUUCGCGCUGGCCCAUUACCUCGUUGCCUAUUUCGGAGGUCGAAAAGGGCUUCCGUGCUCUCCAGAGCGGGCAGGUAAUUGGUAAGAUGGUGGUCGAGAUGACGGAUACGGCUCAAGUGAAGGUACACCCCGCGCGAAAAGAAGAGAAGCUCCUGCAUGGCGAUGGGACGUAUGUGGUUGUUGGCGGAACCAGUGGUAUUGGAUUGGAUAUCGCUAGUUGGAUGCCAUCCAAAGGUGCCAAACAUAUUGUCCUCGUUUCUAGAAGCGGUGCUUCAACUGAGGUCGCCCAGAAGACCAUUCAGGGCUUGCUCGAUGAGGGAAUCAAUGUGCAGGUAUGCCGCUGCGACGUUUCCAGUGAGCAGAGUGUGGAAGACAGUCUAGCUUCCCUGCUGAGCCAGAUGCCACCAGUUCGAGGCGUGGUGUAUGGCGCGAUGGUCCUUCGAGACACGCUCUUCGAAAAGCUCACUUUCGAAGAUUAUGAGACCGUGAUGAAGCCUCGGGUCCACGGAAUUUGGAACUUACAGCACGCCCUUGAGAAGAACAACCGAAGCCAACCUCUUGACUUCUUCGUCACCUUGUCAUCUGCAGCCAGCUUUGUCGGUAACUUAGGCCAGUCUCCCUACGCAGCAAGCGGAACAUUCAUGGCCGCCCUCGCCGCAUACUCGCAAGUCUCAAGCAUCCCGUGCACAACCAUCGAUCUUCCGAUCGUGCGCGGCGUGGGAUACCUCUCCGAUGACUCCAAGCGAGCCCAGAUCGAGUCAUCUCUCGGCACAGAAUCCGUGGACGCAACCGAUAUCCGCGGCCUAGUCGCAGCGGCCAUCCGCAACGAAAUGCGCGAGACCUGUGACGGACACUGCGUCGUCGGAUUCAACGGCGUGAAAACAACGCCGAUCAGCGAGCAGCCAUUCUGGGUCAAUGACACCAAGCUUUCGCAUCUUCUCCGCGUUUCGACCCUGGCUGGAGAAGGCACUAUGGCUGAUCCUGUUGCGGCGAGCGAGACAACUUCUCCUGCAACGGCGAUCCGGCAAUGCUCGGAUCUGGACAGCGCUGAGGCUAUUAUCGUUACUACUUUGGGACAAAAGAUCUCUAGCAUCCUGAUGCGCUCGGCAGAAGACUUGGAUCCUUCUGCGCCUAUCUCUGCUUACGGGUUGGAUUCGCUCGUGGCGAUUGAGAUUCGAAACUGGAUCACGCGGGAGUUGGAGGCGAAUUUACAGAUUUUGGAGAUUCUUGCAAGUGAUUCUAUGACUGCUCUUGCAACACAUAUUCUGAAGAAAUCGGGGAUCAUGACCCCGGAGCUGAAAACGAAAUGGGGGCUUGAUGCGCCUGAAGGGCGACCUGCCCAGGGGUAG